AUGUGGCUGUGCCGCGGCAGGUAUGAGACAGAUCUCUUCCCCCAAAAAAUUGGCGAAGGGCAGUUCUCAAAGGCAUACGUCUGCUGGAGCAAGGGCGACUCUUCCCAGCGCUAUGCCUUAAAGGUGUUCACACCAGCUGAUGAGGGAGCAGAGCAUGCCACCAAUGAGAUUCGAGUGCUGCUACUACUGGGCCAGCACCCGCGAAUUAUUCGUCUCGUUGAUCUCCAUACCGAGGAUCCUCGAAACAUGCGCCUUGUGCUGGAGCUCUGCACAGGCGGUCAGCUUUUCGAUCGAUUGGUGUCUCUUGGCCGAUACAAGGAAGCGAAGGCUGCAUGUGUCGUCCAAGAGAUUUUGGAGGCACUUGCCUACAUGCACGGCAAGGGCGUGAUGCAUCGGGACCUGAAGCCAGAGAACAUUCUCCUCGUGUCUCCGGGAAAUGAUAUUCACAUCAAGGUUUGCGACUUUGGAAUAGCCAAGAUGGCCGAACGCUUUGAUGGCAGUGUCGUCAUGCCGGCGCGGGUGAUCCAAAGCCGACUGCCGCUGCAGCCGCGACCGCGCUCCACGUCCUUCAAAGG